UUUUUGCAUAAUCUGAGGUAAAGAAGCCCAGUUUAUGAUCAGAAUCAGAAUCGGAAUGAGCUUUAUUGCCAUGUGUGCUCACGUACACGUACCAAAAAAGGAACUUUUUUGUUGACAGGAGAAACAUUACAGUGAGACACAGAAUAUAAAACAAGUAGGCGGCAGUAUCAGGAGUCUCCCGGAUUAGCAUGCAACAGUUCCGUCUGAUGAAGAAGAGGAAUCUAGGCGUCCCCCUUCUGUGUGCUGAACAACGCAACAGACAUCUUAACAUCACUGUCGACGAAGACCCGAAAAAUGGAUGCCGAGCCCAACUACCGCCGGACAAAACCGGGUGUUAGGUCCAAUCAACAUGAGAGUACAAACGGAAGCUCUGGACCCGCAUCACAGAUUCCGGGUUUGUCAGCAAGUGCCGAUAUUACACCUGAAGAAAGAACUAAAGGACGCCGUGUAGGAAUUCAGUCCACUGACUCGGACUAUGUUAAACUUGCAAAACAAGGGGGACAGAAAGGUUUGCUGAGCCACGAUGACCCUGUGGAAGCAAAACCCAGUUCCUACCAACCUUCUAAUUGGUUCUCUGGCUCGCCAGAUGAUCAAGAGAGCGGAGGUAACGCAACUACCCCUGAUGGAUUCAGCAAGGGUCAGUUUAAAGGGGCCGCACAACAGCUGGAUCCCCCUUUUGGAACUGAUGAAUGUUCAACCUGGGAGAGGGAGUCUGACGAUAGCAAGAAGAUCAGCCAUGCAACAUCAGAGAUGCAGAAACUCUCCCUAAGCCAACAAGAAAUUGAUGAGGUCAACAAGUUCAAAAAGUUGUCUCAUGAGAAGAAGAAGGCAACUCCAGUCAACAUGUCCAAACUGUUAAGCUUUGGUUAUGUUGAGGAAAGUAAGAAAUCUCCCAAUGAUGAUGAUGCUUCAAGCAUUUCUUCUGAGCAAACCAGUACCAUUGAACCAGAGGAUGACUUGGAAUAGAAGACGUUGUUCCCCUAAACCCUUCCUCAUGAAUUUGUUCUUCUCUCGUAUCCACUAGCUAUUUUGCUUCAACACCCCUCUCUAUGCUUUAUGCAAUACACAUAAACCAAUGUCAGUCAUUUGAUAAACAUCGUCCAUCAUCGUCAUUUUGCAUCUUUAUCUAAACAACACAUUUGUGUAAUGCUCACAUAACCUGUAUGGUGCUUGUCAACAGAAUAACUACACCCUUAGCAAGGAGGUAUAUUUGUUAAGGCAUGUGCACCAUAAAAUAAAUCCAUGAUGCAUUGUGCAUUGAUGCCAAGGUGGAGCUGAUUUUUUCAGAAUUUCAUAAUAUUCAUUUGAGGACUCAACUCAUUGCACAACCUUGUGCCAAAACCUUAGGAACACUCAAAAUAUCUCACAUGAUCCACAUAUUACACAUAGACAGAUAGGAUGUACUUAUGCCACGUUAAACAGCGGUGUCCCACCUCACACUGUCAAAGAAAAUGUGUAUAAGCUGCUAACCCUUAUUACACCCUCCAUGGCUGUUUCUAAGUCUGGCUUGAAACUUUUUGAGUGCUCUUAUGCCCCUAGUAGUUAGCUUGUUGAGCGCAUUCUUGGCACACAAAAGGCCAAUACACUAAAUGAAAUAAUAUGAUGCCCUUAGUAAUGAUUUUAGAACAGGAAGGGGGUUUAGGGAGUUUGCGAUUGUGAAUGUGUUAUAUUGUUAACAUUGAUGUGAUAGUGUUUUGCUGUUAUAUGCUGUUUAAUUUUGUUUUCUCCCUUCUUAAUGUUUACACUUGUCAUUUAAUGUCUAUAAAUGAUAUGAAAAUAAAUUUGCAUGUGCAUGAAGUGUUUGCUGUUUUGUAGUGAUUGCUUUAAAGGUUGGUUGGCCUCAUUGCUUUUCAUUUUUACAGUUUUGGUUGUGUAAUCAGUCAACCAAAAAUGCAAUGUCAUUGGCAGUAGUAGCGCCACCAUGUGCAGAGCAAAAUGGAACGGGACAUCUGUUUACUGUCGGCGCAACGUACGCUUCCAUGGUAGACAGCGUCAUUGGUUCUGUUGCUUUUGACAUGCGUGACUCUCACGUUUAGUGUAGACGGUGUAAGUAUUAACUGUUGUGCUUGAGUGUAAUAUAGUCAGAUCCAAUGUGCUGGAUGUGCGUUGUGUAAACCCUGACAUUUAUUUAAAUAAUGAUGAUGAGCUGGUUCAUUCUCUUCCAAAUUAUUUAAAAAAAUGGCUCUGUUUGAGGGGCUGCACGAUCAGAACAGAGGGUGUAAAAGUUGAAAUUUUAAGGAGGCACUUAGGAAAAAAACAAGCGUUUAAGACAGUGGGCCAAAAACAGGGUGGAAAAUUAUAAUUUAUUACUAAAUUAAUAAAUGUAUUACUGCAACAAACAAAAAAAAAAUAAAAAAUACUUUACUAACGUUUUCAAUGGGCCUAAGGGAAGAUAAUAUAACUAUAAAAAAAGCAUUUUAUAACCCUUUUAAAUAUUGAUCAGUUUCUCACCCACACCAAUCAUAGCACUUGUGAAUAUAUGGAUUUAACCAAUAGAGUCUUAAGGAUUACUUUUAUCUUGAUUUAUGGAGCGUCAAAAUUAUGGCACCCUUUCACAUUGUAUGGACCUACAUAUCUGAAAUAUAAAAAUCUGUGUUUUUGUUCAGCAGAGGAAAGCCAAGUCAUACACAUCUGGGAUGGCAUGAGGGUGAGUAAAUGAUGAGAAUUUUACAUUGUUGGCUGAACUAUCCCUUUAAACUCAGUUACUGCAUUUGCAGUUUGGAGAUUUCUCCAGCAGGUGGUAAUAAAGUCCAUUUCCAAACUCUGAAAAUAUAGUGAAACAUUUAUAUGUAUUCAUUUGGCAGAGGCUUUUAUCCAAAGCGACUUACAGUGCACUUAUUACAGGGACAAUCCCCCCGGAGCAGCCUGGAGUUAAGUGCUUUCCUCUAGGACACAAUGGUGGUGGCUCUGGCUUACCAGUUCUGUGCUUAAGCCCACUACGCCACCACUCCAGCAAGAUUAAUUGUGUCCAUGAUGAUCUGUGAUGUAGCCAUUUUAUGAAACAAAUAUUUGAGAUUUUUGUUAAACUGUACAAAAUUAUAAACUAUAUUUUGGUCAUUUUUCUUUUCUUUUUUUUCAACUAUUAUUUACAAUUGUAUAUCUGAUCUAAUUUGUAUUGGUAUUUUUCUACCUGUUGUAGUAUUUAAUUCACUGCUAAAU